GUGAAUGAUGAUCAACUUUAUAUUUUACAUUUCUUAUUUGGUAAGAACUUUGAAGGAGCUACUAGAAUUGUGGAUCAAAGAGGUGUUAAGAGGAUUUCUGGUUAUCCCAGCGGAAGGUUUAUCUUUCAGGUUACAGGGGAGUCCAGGAAAAAAGACCAGUAUCUAUGUUUUGCUGAAAACUUUUGCGCUUGUUAUUCUUUCUUCUAUGAUGUUGUCAACAGAGGGGAACAACUUUGUUGUAAACAUCAAUUAGCAGCAAGACUUGCUGCAUCG